AGUCACACCUCCACAAAGGGUUAAAUGUGGGUGUUCUUCUUUCCCGCUCACUCCUCCUAGCCUCUAAUCUCUCUCACUCUCUCCCCUCCUCACUAACAAGGAGCUUUGGAGAGACUCAUGAGGACGGAGCUGUACAUAAAACAUUGGGAGGAUUGGAAAAAUUGAGUUAACUUCCACAAGGAUUCAUUCUUGUCAAUAAUCAGAGGAGAAAACUUGCCUUGUUCUUGACCACGAGGCCAGGGGACAGAUUGAGGUGGAUCUCUCUGGAAACAACCACAAUGGAGCUUCAGAAAAUAAAUGGACACAGCAGAGAAGAUGGGUUCGACGGGCUGGACGCGAUGGCCGAACACGACGAGUUUCUCCCACAUAAACCUGGCGUCAAGAAAGAGAGCCGCUUCACAGAUUUCAAGGGGAAGACUUCUUUUGGCAUGUCCAUCUUUAAUCUCAGCAACGCCAUUAUGGGCAGUGGAAUUCUGGGAUUGGCUUAUGCGAUGGCCAACACUGGAAUCAUUCUUUUUCUAAUCCUGUUGGUAUCCAUUGCCAUUCUGUCUGCGUAUUCAAUUCAUCUCCUGCUGAAAAGUGCUGGGGUCGUUGGCAUCCGGGCUUAUGAGCAGCUCGGGAAUCGGGCCUUUGGGGUGCCGGGGAAAAUACUGGCCGCUUGCAUUAUUACAGUGCACAACAUUGGAGCAAUGUCCAGCUACCUCUUCAUCGUCAAGUCUGAGCUGCCCCUGGUUAUUGAAGCGUUCCUCGGUGAACAGGUAGACAAGGGAGAGUGGUUCUUGGAUGGAAACUACUUGAUCAUGAUUGUCAGUGCUGCCAUCAUCCUCCCUCUGGCGCUCAUGAAACACCUCGGUUACUUGGGCUAUACGAGUGGCUUCUCCCUGUCCUGCAUGGUGUUUUUCCUCAUCUCGGUCAUCUACAAGAAAUUCAACACCUUCUGUCCGCUGGCGAAUGCACAUCACAACGCCACUGCCGCUGCUCUUCUUCACACUGCCGCCAGUGGGGCGAACGACACCUGUGAGGCCAAACUGUUUACCGUCAACCCGCAGACGCCGUACACCAUCCCAAUUCUGGCCUUCGCUUUUGUCUGCCACCCGGAGGUGCUGCCAAUCUACACUGAGCUACGAGAUGCCACCAAGAAACGGAUGCAGAAGGUGGCCAACGUCUCCAUCCUGGCCAUGUUCGUCAUGUACCUGCUCACGGCUCUGUUUGGUUACCUGACCUUUUAUGGUGGGGUGGAGUCGGAGCUGUUGCACACCUACAGUCAAGCGGGCACGCUGGACGUCCUGCUCCUCUGCGUGCGCGUGGCCGUGCUGGUGGCCGUCACUCUGACCGUCCCCGUGGUGCUUUUCCCGAUCCGCAGGGCUUUGCUCCAGAUCUUCUUCCCCGAAAAGCCUUUCAGCUGGUUGGUACACAUCGGCAUUGCCUUUUGCCUCAUCUUUGUGGUCAACUUACUGGUUAUCUUUGUGCCCUCCAUCAAAGACAUCUUUGGCCUCAUCGGAGCCACAUCUGCGCCCAGCCUCAUCUUCAUCCUGCCUGGAAUCUUCUACAUCCGUAUCGUUCCUGAAGACCAGGAGCCACUUCGGUCCAGACCCAAAAUUCAGGCCGCCUGCUUUGCUGCCCUGGGAGUCGUCUUCAUGAUCACCAGCCUGACGUUCAUCAUCAUCGACUGGGUGACCGGGGCGUCUCGGAGUGUCGGCGGCCACUAGCAGCGGAGACGCAACCAAACAGAAAGCCAGACCACGUUCUCCCUGUCGGCACAUUACCGCUCACCUGGUCACACAAAGCCAAAAUAGGAAAGCUCGGUCGCGCAAGACGAAGAAUACGAAUUCGAACCUUCGACAACAAAAAAAAGAAAGCAUUUUGACAUGAUAUGAGGAGGUACAAAGCGAUGUGCUCUGACUGAAUGAAACCUUUGUCACGCCUCAUGGUAAUAAGCAUGUCGUUUGGAGGCACGUGAAGAAAAGCAAAAGACGGCAAAAAAGAUGAAUGGGAACAACGUGACUCAAACGGAAAUCCCAUUUUAGAGUAUGGAUGUGUACGGUUCCCUUGGAAUAACUCAGUCACUGCCAAAGUCCUCCAAUCUACUUCCCCAACAACUCACAUUUCACGGACAGAAAUUUCAAUAAACUUCACAGAUUCACUAUCAAGUUUUACCCGCAAGCUCCACACUAACCAUUGCUAUCCAGCAAAACGCGACAUUUAAUGACGUUUACAUUGAUGUUACUGAUGUGGAUUUUGUGUAAAUAUAUUCUGACAAUAACUGUUGUAGAAGUGAUUUCACUUUUUAGAACAAUCCAACGGACACGGUGCAAUUCUGCUUUUGUUUGGCUGCUGCUCACAAAGGUCAACUGUCGUCUGCGAGUCAACGGAGAUGGAGGUUGUUUGUGCGAUUUUUUUGCAGUCCUGAAACACCAAAGAAUAUAAUAUUGUAUCGCAUCGAAAUAGGGUUUUCUUUUUCUUUUUUUACAAUGUUCAGCAAAGGCCAAUAAAAAAUGUGAAACGUUAGGAUUUUAAAUGCUCGGCCUGUUUUAGCAGUGUCAUAAACGGUGGGGUACAACCUGUGCGUUCAAUGGGUUUUAAGUUCAAUUGAAGUCUGUUUUCUCUUAUGUUUUGUUAUUUUGUCUUUAAAAUUGGACCAAAAUAUAUUUUGACUUUUGUAAUUCAUCCUGUACAUUUUUAAGUUAAUAUGAGUGUUGCUCUCUGUCAAUAAAACAUGUCCUUCCUUUGUACAAAAGUUCAAAGGAAGUUUGGAAAUGAA